GCGAUCACCGUACAAUUUAUUUAGUCAGUUUCUGGCGGUUCACCAUCGAUUGAGCAUCCCACUUGGUACAGUGCGACAAUAAUUUUGAAUAGAAACACCCAUUAAAACUGAUUUACUCUUGAAGAAUUUGUGUAGUAGAGUUUUGUGUGAAACGUCCAAGAUGAUGCUUAAACUUUUGGGAUUAUUUGGCCUUUUUGCUCUGUGCAGUGCUCAAGCAAAGGUGCCCGUUUAUGUGUACUACGAGAGUCUCUGCCCCGACAGCCAGGCCUUCGUUACGCAACAACUGUAUCCUUCCGUCAAGGGACCUCUUGGCCAAUUCGUGGAUCUACACCUUGUGCCAUUCGGAAAAUCCAACUACACUACUCUUGGGGCUGAUGUCCAGUUCACAUGCCAUCAUGGACCAAAUGAGUGCUAUGGCAAUAAAGUUCAAGCUUGUGCCAUUGACCACAUUCAAGUGAAUUCCUACCAAAAGGAAAACACCAGAGAGUCUCUAACUCUGGAGUUCAUCAACUGCCUCAUGAAGAUUGGCAACAACUUCCCAGACUCCAUCUAUCCAGGGGAGAAAUGCGCACGUGAAACUGGUGUCACGAAUUGGGAUAACAUUGAGCGAUGUGCAAAUAGCACAGAAGGCAGCAAGUCUCUUCAGCGAUUCGGCGAUCUUACAAAUUCACUCCAACCUGGACUUACUUCCGUGCCCACAAUUACCUUCCGCCAGAAAUAUGAUCACGAUGCCCAGCAAUUGGCUCUUACACACUUCGGUGCUGCACUGUGCAAGCAACUGGCUGAUCCUAGCUCUAAACUACCAACUGAGUGCUCCAGCAUUCCUGGUGCUGCUGCAGAAAAGUCUUCGGCACUAUUUGCCAUCCUCGGAGCUAUCCUCCUUUCGCGCUUCUUCUAGAGUGAGUGCUUAAGAAUCCGUGGGCGAGUAAUUUGCCCACCCAGAAAAGUACUUUUCACCUUGAUCAUUCCACCUUAUUUUGCCUUCUUUCUUAUAUCCCACUGCCUAGGCAUUGUGGAUAAGACCAAAAGACAACACAAUCCACAAGAACCACGUGAAGUGUCCUUUAAAAAAAAGCUAGAUUGGUGACUUUUUCCACUCUACACCCAAGUAGCACAGAUGAGUCGUAAUGUAAUACAAUUUUGGUCCUCUGUAGUACGUGAUGUAGUACAAAAACUAUGUCAGAAAGUGGUCGUACGACAUUACAAUUGGGAAAAAUGUGACGACCAAUUUCGGGUCGUAGCGGCUCAAUUUUGGAUAUGCUGACGACCAACUCACGACUCAAGCGAUUUGGCUAAAAGUUUCAAACAUCAAUAAGAGAUGGCGCUUUGUGACCAUCGAUAGAUGGCGCCACACGAACGUCCCAUUUUGACCACAUGUUUUCUCUUUCUUUUUCUCCAACAUUUUUCCCCUCAUCAAUUCUAUGAAAUGAAGAAAAGGAACUUUAACAAUUCUCAAGUUUGCGUUUGCAUCUAUUUAUUAACAUGUUUAAUCCGAUUUUCAAUGUCGAUUAUUAUUAUAAAUAAUUAUGCGACACAUUAUUACCGAUAGAGAAUUGCGUAAAUUAACAAUAAAAUACGGUCCGAUUAUAAAAUUUAUUGUUUUUAAAAUAUUUCAUUUAAAUAAAUCUUGAAGCGUAUCUUUAUUUCCUAAAAUAAAAGAAUAUUCUCAAUUUACAAAAAAAAUCAUAUUAAGGGAUUUUUGAUAAAUUUUCUUUGAAAUCAAUACUGAUUCACGAGAAUUUUUCAGAUUUUUUUCAUGCAUUCCCCACGUGGCAUAAAAUGACGCCAUCACGGGACUCUAAACAUAUUUGCUCAGACCUUUAAUUUUUUUUCGCAGAUAUUGCAUUUGAUUAAAAAAAGUAAUUACUGUAAUAUUGUAGAUUGUGCAAUUUUUUCUAGGUUUAUUAAUUUACAAAAAUGCUUAUUUUAUUGUAGUUUGACGCACAUAAUAUAAAAUAAAAUCGUUUCACCUUGUUUUUUUGGAGUUAAAAAAAUAUAGCUCCGAUUCUACUAAACCGAUAGAGUUUUUCAUUAGGACAAAGUUGAAAAUAUUUAAAUUACCGACAAUCCUCUAAAAAUGAUAAAAUGAGAGCUUUAGAAAAUUUUAGAUAAAUAGUUACGGUUUGCCAAAGUGUUGAGCAUUCCAUUUAUUGAAAACAAAAGUCAGUUCAAAAUCAAAGUGCAAUAUAAGUUACUAAUUAAUUUACAAGUUAAUAAUUUAAUUAAUAAUAAAUAAUUAGUUAUAAGUUAUUAAUUAAUUUAUAAGAGGCUUUUUAAUCCAUUCUUACCAUAGCCACGUUCAUUAUACGCAAAUUGAGACAUUUUGAAUGAUUUAUUUCUGGCAAAAAUUAUAUUCUAGAGAACAUCGUUAAUAGAGUUUUAGUUAAUUUAGUCCAAUAUUUACUUGAAAAAGAAAAACAUAUCCCCACAGGGGUGAAAAUGCAUUUUAUUGUUCUUUUCUGACUGCGUGAAGUCAUGCAAAGUUUUUGCUCAAAAUGGAGGAUGGAAAAUUUUACAUCCCGUCGAAUUUGUCAAAAUUAGGCUUCAUCCUCUUUGCGGAUUUGAAUUCUGCUUGCCAAUUUGUUUUCUUGGAUAGUUGUUCUAUCCAAAUCAAUGGAGUUUUUAAUGAAUGAAUGUAAAGUAUUUAAAUUCAGUGACCGUCAAAGUUUAAUAGAGGGUUCCCGUGCGUCCAUAAUAGAUAAAAAAGUUUCUUUUCAAAAAAAGAUUAUCUAUUAUUUUAUAGGGAGUUAUUUCCAAAAUAUGAACAUUCUAUUUCAAUUAUUUCUAGUACAUUGACUGAAUGGGUUGACUAUUUGAUACACAUAUUUCCAGAGUCAUUCAUAUCGCUCCUUGGAAAUUACAAGGGGCCAACUAAUUUUUGGCCAUUUUUCAGGAGACAGCAUGAAAGAUUUAACUUUGUGCAAAUAAGUAUCUCAAUUAAAUGACUGAACAAAAACAAUUUAUUUCCUUUCUAUUUGUAUGAGCACUAAUGUAAACAUCGAAACUUUUUUAUUUUUACCUUUCAAAAUAGGCUUUUUAAUGAGUUAGCUCCUUGUCGUUCUAAAUUAUGUGCAAAUUUUGCUGAAAUUACAAUGACAAGGGAUCAAUUUGCUUGAGUUAGUCCCCUGUUUCACAAAAAUUUGAACGAGGAAUAUAUUUUGUGCCCCUUUACUUCAAACAAAAUUAUGCCAGUAAUUAAAAAGAUUAAAAUUUUGAAAAACUUUUCUAGUAACGAAAUUUAAUGACUUAUAUCAUCUGAAAAUUUAUUAAAUUGUUUUUCUAAGUGCAUUAUAAUCUCAAAAUCGCAAAAAAGUGAGUUGACCCCUUGUAAUUUCCAAGGAGCGAUAUAUGCAAAAUUCCUGCGCACCAUUUGAAUUGACCAAAUUUCUCUGAAAAUGCUUCUGAGCUCUAAUAAAUUUCAAGUAAUUUUAGAAAUUUUAGUGUUCAAUUCAAUUUAAAAAAAAAAUGUGAAUAAAACCUAAUGUGAUAACACAGCAAAAUUAAAAUAAAAUGCUUAAAACAUGAUAAUUUAUUUCAAACCAUUUUAAGUCCACCAUUAAACCAAUUAAAGUGACAGUGACACAGGCUCUAACUUCUAAAAAUUUUCUUAUUUCCAUUAGUUUUCAAGUUUAAUUCAAGAUUUCCCGGGUUUAGAGUUCCAGAGGUUGUUACGGAGUUACAAAGCCUCAAGCAAGCUCCUGAACAUUACUUGAAAUAUCAAAUAAAAUAUCGAUAAUUCUCAAUAAUUUCUUGGUUUACUAAUUCUUCAAAGCAGCGUUCAAGAAUUUUUUGUAUUAUAAUUUUAAGCUGGUAUAAAUUUGGCUUCAUAAUAUUCAAUAGUUUUUAUUAUAAUAAAAUUGAACAAUAUUAAAUCAAAUUGUCGUUAAGAGAUUUAAAAUUACAUAAUUUUGAAAAUUUACAUUAAUUUCUUCAUUUCUCAGAUUUUUUUUUUCUUUAUUUCUUAACGUUUCGUGGCUAUUAUAAGAAUCAUAAAAUUAUAGAAUGAAAAAGAUUACGUUUAGCUUCUAUUUCAACCCAGACUGGGACAGUAUAGCUGGGUUUCCUCAGCGACGACAAAAACUCUAUCCAUAGCGUCUCCCUCUAUUGAAAAAUGAAAAGAGGCUAAAUUUUGACUAAUCGCCGCUACGAUCGCGACUGUUCUUUUAAAUUUCAAAUUUGGAAUUCGCUGGAGUCAUCAAAUGUACAGCUUUUGGAUACUUUUACGACCAACUUUACAAUAUCCAAAAAUCGGAUAAUAUUUUUUGAUUUUUUUCGUGAAAAAUGUAAGUCAUUCAUUUUCUUGCGAAGACGGGAGUUUCUAGGACCCAACAGAGCACUGGAACUCAAUUGAUUAAAUAAAUAAAAUUAUUAAGUUGUCUUUAGUCGUAUUUGGGUCUUUUUGUGGCGGUCGUUAGGAUAUCCAAAUUAGAGUUAUGCCACGUCGUGCUACUUGGGCACUCAUUUCCCGUCCGCGAAAAUCUCAUUUUCUCCUCAGACAUUUUUCUUUGUGUAAAAAAUAGAAUUGUUACAAGAUAUUCUUCCAAAGUUGUGUACUACCAGAGUAAAGUAUAGAAGAAAUAAUAAAAGAUAAUGGAAGAAAGUGA